UUACUGCCUCCAGCCACUGACAAGUCCUUGUAACCCGCAGAGUGACCUCCCUCUAGGAGCUCAGCUGCCUGGAUGAUGACACUUUGCUGGGGGCAAAAGGGAAUCUUGGCUCAACAUUGUCCUGACCCCCCAGGAUCCCGUCUCCGCCACCCAAGCCUUCUUCCGGGGAGAUAAUCUGUGCCUGAGCCCACACCUCCCUCACCCGCAGCCAUGGACGCCGCUCUGCUCCUGAACGUGGAAGGGGUCAGGAAAACCAUCCUGCACGGAGGCACGGGGGAUCUCCCCAACUUCAUCACGGGGUCCCGGGUGAUCUUCCACUUCCGCACCACGAAAUGUGACGACGAGCGGACGGUGAUAGACGACAGCAAGCGCGUGGGCCACCCCAUGCACAUUAUCAUCGGGAACAUGUUCAAGCUGGAGGUCUGGGAGGUGCUCCUGACGUCCAUGCGCAUCGGCGAGGUGGCCGAGUUCUGGUGCGACUCCAUUCACACAGGGGUCUACCCCAUCCUGUCCCGGAGCCUGCGGCAGGUGGCGGAGGGCAAGGACCCCACAGAGUGGCACGUGCACACGUGCGGGCUGGCCAACAUGUUUGCCUACCACACGCUGGGCUACGAGGACCUGGACGAGCUGCAGAAGGAGCCACAGCCUUUGAUCUUUGUGAUAGAGCUGCUGCAGGUCGAGGCCCCGAGCGAGUACCGGCGGGAGACGUGGAGCCUGAGUAACGAGGAGAAGCUGCAGGCGGUGCCCGUCCUCCACGGGGAAGGGAACCGGCUCUUCAAGCUGGGCCGAUACGAGGAGGCCUCCACCAAGUACCAGGAGGCCAUCGUGUGCCUGCGGAACCUGCAGACCAAGGAGAAGCCCUGGGAGGUGCAGUGGCUGAAGCUGGAGAAGCUGAUCAACACCCUGACCCUCAACUACUGCCAGUGUCUGCUGAAGAAGGAGGAGUACUACGAGGUGCUGGAGCACACCAGCGACAUCCUGCGCCACCACCCAGUAAUGUGUUCACGGUGGAAUCCCAGGAAAAUGUCAAGCACGAGAAGCUAGCUGAUGCCUGCCCCCAGCCCCGUCUACUAUCACUUAUGACUAUUAUUGAUACUUCGCUGUUCAUAUUUACGUAUUUGCCACAUAUAAAUAAGCACACAACUUAAUAAUGUAUAUUACGAAAUUUGCAUUAUUUUAUAGACUGCCUUCCCCCCCCGUUAAUGAACUGUUAUGAAAAAUUGUCAUUGCUCUGAGCAUUCUUUGCAAAGAUUAUGUCUAAUGGCUCAUCCGUUCCAUCGUAUAGAUGCAAUUUCAGGCAUUCGGUCAAUUAUUAUGCAUUUGGAUAAUUUUUUCCAAUGUUUUAGUUUUAUAAAUAAGUCCUUGACGAGCACCGUUGUGCAUAAAUUUUUGUGCGUAUCUGUUUUUUCCCCCUACGUCCAUAUCGCUGUGAGUGGAGUCGCUGGUUAAUUUUUUUUGUGUGUGAGGAUUUUGAUUAUGGUAUGGAGGUGUCAUACGGUAAUGUGAUAUAUAUGUGUAUAUAUAUGUCAUAUAAAGUGCCAAAAAUAUUGUGUUCUGUAAAAUCAUGCAGUAAACAUGACAUGACUUAUGGGAGAAAAUGUGUUUAAGGCAGAUCACUGAAAAUUAUGUUCUGUUGUAACCACAACACUAACAAAAAACAACCAUCUUAAUAAAAAUGCUGUUUAAAAAUUAAA